AUGCUUGGGAAGGAUGUUCCACCAUCAAUUAUAUCUGUUAUUAUUGUCGCCCAUAAUGAACGGAAGCGUAUUUUGAACGACACAAUAGAGAGUUUACUUUCGAACACCUCCCAUGCCCUUUUGAAAGAAAUAAUAGUAGUCGACGACUGCAGUCAACCAGCAAUUGACCUAACUCCAAACGGUUUUAAAAUACAGGUUUCACUAAUUCGCAACACCGUUAGGCAAGGACUUAUCAGAUCUCGCAUCAUAGGAGCUAACGAAGCCUCUGGAAAUGUCCUAGUUUUUGCUGACUCACAUAUACAUUUUGCUAAAGAUUGGUUAAAGCCUCUUGUUCUCCGUCUUCUCUACUUUGAACGGUUCAAAUCUAGUUCUCACCUCUUGGUUCUAAGCCCCUUCAUCAGUGCGUUCACGGAAGAUGGGGAGGACUAUCCCGCAACUGAUUACCUUCGUGGAGGAUUCGACUGGGAUCUUACCUUUGUGUGGGAGCCCAUGAACGAUGAGGAGAAAGAUAACCUCAACACCUACGGCCGUCAGAUGAAUUUGACAUGGUUAAGUCUGCCGCGUCCAAGCCCAGUCAUUGCUGGGUCGGUAAUCGCCGUAAAUCGCAGUCGUUUCAUAGCCUUUGGUGCCUUCGAUGACCAAAUGGAGAUCUGGGGUGGAGAAAACAUUGAGUUAAGUCUGCGUGCCUGGAUGUGUGGCGGUCGAGUCGAGAUUAUUCCAUGUAGCCGCGUGUCGCAUCUCUUUCGAAGCUCUCACGGCUAUUCCUUUCCCAAAGGCAAAAUGAUCACUAUCGUGCAGAAUUUGAAGCGUGUUGCCAUGGUCUGGAUGCAGCCCUCCAGAGACCUACAUAUUGAUUCGGUCAGGUAUCCUGUACCUCCGAUAGCACUCUUCUACUCGUCCCAACAAGACGCACUCAAUAUUCCAGCCAGAGAUCUUGCCUUACGCGAGCGACUAAGACAGCGACUAGAAUGCAAAGACUUUGCUUGGUUUGUUGAAAAUAUCUAUCCGGAUUUGAAAAGAAAGGGAAGUGCCGUCAAACUUCGUGAUAAUGCCAUGAUUAAAGCCCAACUCUCUAAGCUUAUCUCGAAGCUUAAAUGA